GCAAAACAAAAUGAAGAGAGGGGAAAGAUGAGAUGCCUAUCCCAAACUAAUAACAAACAAUGAAAACAUCCCCCACACAAAAACAGUCAAAAGGUGAGGGGGAGGGGGGCGCUGUGAGCACUCCAAUCCUUUUUGUUUCACCCAUUUUCACCUCACUAAUGAGUGCUGAGGGCAAAAGCAAAAGAAAACAACUUUGAGUGGGGGGAGCUAUAUCAUACAUAAUUGCGCUUCCUUGAAUAUCCAUUCUUGUAUCUUUUCUCAACCUGAAAAUUCCAUUGCAUAGAUCUCCGACCUCCCAACGAAUUAAGCUGUUUUCCAAUCUCUUCCAUUUAAAGCAAGGUUACAAUCAUUCGGAGACAACCUUCUUAUUAAUAUAUAGGAUAUAUUUCUUCGCCAUUUUUAUUUGGUUGAUCAAAUAGCUAUAAGAAAUAAAGCUUGGUUCUGGUCAUGGUAUCAGGAUACAUAGAAAGGAUUUAAGCUUGUUGGUCUGCACUCCUGGCGGCGUCGGCGCAGAACAGGUGCACCGCUUUAGUGUGCUCUUGCUAUGUACCAUCGAGGAAUUUUGAUAGCAAAGGUGAUCAAGAGAACAGCAGAAGCAGUGGUAGCAGCAACAUCAAGAAGCGGUCUGCUGUGGAAAAGAAAGAUGGGGUCAUGGAAGAAGUUGGUAAUGAUGAAUCACAAGGCCAAGACAAGAUCAGCAAUGGUAGUGGUGGCAGCAACAGUAGAUGCAGUGGGACUUAUAAUGGGCCUCACAUUGAACUGAUUCCCACCCGCAAGAGUAAUCUCAAGAAACCUACUACAGUAGAUCAGGAUAAUCAGUUAAAGACAGAAAGGAGGAAAGUGAGUUGGCCAGAUGCUCAUGGAAAAGAUAUUGCUCAUGUUCAGGAGUUUGAACCCAGUGUGUCAGAUGAUGGAGAGCUCGAGGGAGUUAGGAACUCUUGCGUUUGUGCGAUUCAAUGAAGUAACAUGCCCGGUAGGUAAUGUCCUUCUUCAAGAUGACCUUAGCGACUUUGUGAUCCUGGAUGAAAAUUGUAUAGAACAUUUAUAUGAACCUUCUACUGCUUAGUGCAAAAAUGUUGCCUAUUCAUUAUUAGCCAGAUUUGUAGAGUUCAGAAAUGCAAGAUGAAUAAAAAACAAAUUCCCCACAUCUUGAUGUAGAAAGUGAUAGAAGCAUACAGCACUGAGACGGUGCGCCAGAUCUGUCAAUGCCCCAAACUGAUUAACUCUAACAACUGAUCGGCUAUCUGCUCAAAGUAGGGGAUGCAU